GUCCACGUUCCCCACAGACGCUGCCCGACCCGCUGAGUUACUCCAGCACUCUGUGAACUUCUUCCCAAGAUGCAUGUCGGCUCCCUCGUGACUCAGCGCCAACCUGCAGUUCUUCUGUUGUUGUAUAGGGCUCUGGGUUUAGGAGCCGUUGAUGUGGGCGGAGAGACGGGGAGGUGAGCGGCCAUUGAGGGGCGGCCAGGGUGCCAGUGAGGACCCCCCCCCCCCAUGUGCUCGCUGUGCGGGCUGAGCUUCGAUGGAGGACCACAUGACGGAGCACAACAAGGAGAAGCGUUAUGAGUGCGACGUGUGUGGCAAGGCCUGGCGGUGCCCGAGCGAGCUGGAGGCCCACCGGCGGGUGCACACGGGAGAACGCCCCUUCGACUGCUCGGAGUGCGGCAAGAGCUUCAAGACGGCGAAGGUCCUGAAGAUCCACCAGCGGGUGCACACGGGCGAGAAGCCCUAUGGCUGCUCCACCUGUGGCGAGAACUUUGCCCGGUUGUCGGGGCUGCAACGCCACCGACUGGUGCACAGCAGUGAGCGGCCCUUCACCUGCUCCGACUGCGGCAAAGGCUUCAAGUCGCCCCCGGACCUGAAGGUGCACAGGCGCCUGCACACCGGGGAGUGGCCCUACGCUUGCAGCGACUGUGGCAAGGGCUUCAUCGCAUCCUACAGCCUGGUGGAACACCAGCGCACCCACACCGGCGAGCGCCCCUACACCUGCGCCCAAUGCGGCAAGGGCUUCACCCGCUCCACCAAUCUGCUGGAGCACCAGCGCACCCACUCCGGGGAGCGUCCCUUCACCUGCAGCACCUGCGGCAAGGGCUUCACCCGCUCCACCAAUCUGCUGGAGCACCAGCUCACUCACACCGGCGAGCGCCCCUACACCUGCGCCCAGUGCGGCAAGGGCUUCACCCGCUCCACCAGGCUGCUGUCCCACCAGCGUGUGCAUGCCGGUGACCGUCCCUACUCCAGGCCCAUCCGCUGCUCCGACUGUGGCAAGAGGUUCAAGAGGGCGCAGGAGCUGCUAAUCCACCGGCGGGUGCACAAGAGCGAGAAGCCCCAUGGCUGCUCCACCUGUGGCAAGAGCUUUGCCCGGUUAUAUGGGCUGCGGGUGCACCGGCGGAUACACACGGGCGAGAAGCCUUACGGCUGCCCCAUCUGCGGCAAGAGUUUUACUCAGUCGUCGGGGCUUCAGCAGCAUCAGCGGGUGCACAGCAGUGAGCGGCCCUUCACCUGCACCGACUGCAGCAAAGUCUUCAAAUCGUCCACGGACCUGAAGGUGCACAGGCGCCUGCACACCAGGGAGCGGCCCUACACCUGCAGCGACUGCGGCAAAGGCUUCACCCAGUCCAACAGCCUGCUGUCCCACCAGUGCACCCACACCGGGGACCGUCCCUUCCCCAGGCCCUUCGGUUGCUCCGACUGCGGUAAGAGCUUCAGGAAGGCGCAACAGCUGAAGACCCACCGGCGGGUGCACACGGGAGAGAAGCCCUAUGGCUGCUCCACCUGCGGGGAGAGCUUUGCCUGGUUGACGGGGCUACAACGGCACCGGCAGGUUCACAGCAGUGAGCGGCCCUUCACCUGCUCCGACUGCGGCAAAGGCUUCAAGUCGUCGCCGGGCCUGAAGGUGCACAGCUGCCUGCACACCGGCGAGUAGUCCCUCCAGAGCUGCCAAGUAGUACGGGUUUUCCGUAUUUUGUACGGAGAUGUGAUAAGAAUACGGAUGUAUGGUUUUGCUUUCUUAAAUAUGGAUUUUUUUUUUUUUAAAUCGGGCCCGACUUCCUGUUUCAUCUUGCUGCGUAAAAAAUGCAAGGACAUAAAAUGUCAUACUGUACCUCUAAAAAUUAUAGCAGAUUAAAUCUAUUAGUAUUUUAAAUUUCAAGAUCUGGAUGAUUAUUUUUGUAAGCUUUGAUCUGCCUGUCCCAUAUAACCAUAUAACAAUUACAGCAUGGAAACAGGCCAUCUCGACCCUUCUAGUCCGCGCCGAACACGUAUUCUCCCUUAGUCCCAUACACCUGCGCUCAGACCAUAACCCUCCAUACCCUUCCCGUCCAUAUAACUAUCCAAUUUAUUUUUAAAUGAUAAAAACGAACCUGCCUCCACCACCUUCACUGGUAGCUCAUUCCACACAGCUACCACUCUCUGAGUAAAGAAGUUACCCCUAAACUUCUGUCCCUUAAUUCUCAAGUCAUGUCCCCUUGUUUGAAUCUUCCCUACUCUCAGUGGGAAAAGCUUAUCCACGUCAACUCUGUCUAUCCCUCUCAUCAUUUUAAAGACCUCUAUCAAGUCCCCCCUUAACCUUCUGCGCUCGAAAGAAUAAAGCCCAAACUUGUUCAACCUUUCUCUGUAACUUAGUUGCUGAAACCCAGGCAACAUUCUAAUAAAUCUCCGCUGUACUCUCUCUAUUUUGUUGACAUCCUUCCUAUAAUUAGGCGACCAAAAUUGUACACCAUACUCCAAAAUUGGCCUCACCAAUUUUAUGUCUUAGGGCUAACAUGAGGGGGAACUUCUUUACUCAGAGAGUGGUAGCGGUGUGGAAUGAGCUUCCAGUGGAAGUGGUGGAGGCAGGUUCGUUGGUAUCAUUUAAAAAUAAAUUGGAUAGGCAUAUGGAUGAGAAGGGAAUGGAGGGUUAUGUUAUCAGUGCAGGCAGGAAGGACUGAGGGAAAAAAAGUUGUUCGGCACCGACUUGUAGGGCCGAGAUGGCCUGUUUCCGUGCUGUAAUUGUUAUAUGUUAUAUGGUUAAGAAAAAUGCAACCCUAUAUCGCUAUGAUUUGUUCGCCAUCUUACUCACCGUCUCCUUCUCCUCCAACCACCCCAAGGUUUUUUUCCGAUCGGUGAAAUAAUAAAAAAUUAUGUUUAAAA